UCUGGUCCUCGAGAAGGAGGCAGCUUACUUGGCUCUGGUCCUCGAGAUGGAGGCAGUUUACUUGGCUCUGGUCCUCGAGAAGGAGGCAGUGUUCAUGGUUCUGGUCCUCGAGAUGGUGGAAAUUUUCAUGGCUCUGGUCUUCGAGAUGGGGGCAGCUUACUCGGUAAAGGACCACGUGAGGGCUUGUUGGGCCAUGGUCCCAAAGAAAACCCAAGUCAAUUUGGCCAGGGAAAUAGAGAAAGCCCAAGUCAAUUUGGCCAGGGAAAUAGAGAAAGCCCAAGUCAAUUUGGCCAGGGAAAUAGAGAAAGCCCUAAUCAGUUUGGCCAGGGAAAUAGAGAAAGCCCAAACGUUAUGGGUCAAAGGCCCAAGGAAAGUCUUCUAGGGCAAGGGCCCAAAGAGAAAAGCUCAGGCCUCCUUGGAUCUGGUCCAAAUGAUGGUCCUAAUCGCCUCGGUGCUGGUCCUCGAGAAAGUCUUCUGGGUUCAGGUCCAAGAGAGACUCCAAGCUUGUUGGGUAAAGGCCCAAGAGAGUCCCCAAGUUUGUUAGGACCUGGUCCUAGAGAUAAUGCAAACCGACAAGGACCCCCACCAAGAGAAGCAUUACUCAAAACACCUUCUGGACCCAAUGCAAGAAGUACCUGUAAUUCUAAUAUUGACUCAAAUCCUUAUGAACGUGCGUCUCCAGGAGGUGGGCCUUCUCAUGGCAGUCGUGGUGAUGGAGACAACCGGUUUGGUGGCCCCAGAGGAUCCUCAGAAGAAAACAGACGAAAUCCACAUAGAGGGAUUGACAGAGGCCCAUUUGGAUCGAAAGGUUCUGGCACAUUCUCUGAGCGAAAUCAAGGUGGAUCUAAUAAGUCUGAUGAGAGCAAUUCGAAAUCUAGUCCAACUAUGAAUGCGAGUCUAAGUGGAGAAUCCAAUGUACGUAAUUCACCUCUCAGCUUUGAAGAAAGAGCACGCAAUGUGAAGGGUCCUGCAGGAUGGAAUGAAGGAAUGAUGGAUCAAUCCGAAGAGCUCAAGGGAAAUUCUAGUUCCAACGACAGCAGCAAUUUUAAAAAUAGUAAUCACCCUAAUACUGGCCUAAAGGAUGAUUUUCGCCGUGGAGACUUCAAAGAGGAUAGUCAAGGGCCCUCAAUCUCCCGUGAUGAUCACAGAGGACCUUCUGGCUCUCGAGACGACUUCAGAGGACCGUCUGGUGGAGGCCGAGACGACUUCAGAGGCCCCCCUGGUCGAGACGACUUCAGAGGGCCUCCUGGCCCUCGAGAUGACUUCAGAGGACCGCCUGGCAAUCGAGAUGACUUCAGAGGACCGCCUGGUGGGGGCCGAGAUGACUUCAGAGGCCCUCCAGGUCGAGAUGACUUCAGAGGACCUCAUACCCACCGAGAUGACUACAGAGGACCUCCCGGUGCCCGUGAUGGUCCUCGGGAUAACUUCAGAGGAUCCCCCGGCCCCCGAGACGACUCAAGAAAUCGUGAAGUGUUCGUGGACCGUUUUGGUCGCGACAUGCCAAGGCGCCAGGACAAGGAGGACGCUAAGCCCGGUCCCCCCGAGGAACUCAAAGUGCCCAUUGAGCGAGACUGGAACCAUGGUGGGGUGAGGCCAGUGGAUCGCUGGGAAGCUGCUGUGGGAGGCACCCCGGUGGCCCCCGCAGCGCCUGUAGACGACUUCAAGCUGCCCACCGUGGUAGACUACGGCCACGGCGCCCCUUCUGCGCCGGCUGCACAGCCCGCCGCCGCGCUGGCCCUGCCCACCUUGGAGCCGGUGGCCACCUUCGACUACGGCCACGGCGGCAGCACGUCGGCGUCGCGCUCCAGCCCACCACGAGGCGGGAGUCCGUCCUGGCGGGAGCGGGAACGCGAACGAGAGCGCUUCGAUCGCGAUCGACUUCGUGAACGCGAUCGCAGCUGGGAACGGGAGCGCGAGGAGCGCGAGAGGUUCUUCAGGGAUCGCGACCGGGACCGCGAGCGGGAGCGGGACCGCGACCGCGACCGCAGGCCGCCGGUCCGAGAGCGCUUCGAGGAGGACCGUUUUGGCGGAGAUCGCUUUGGCGAUCGCUUUGCUGACCGGCCUCGGAAUGGGCCGCCUCCGUCGGGUCCAGGACAAGGACCUCGAGGGACCUGGAGGGAGCGCGAGCGCGACCGACGUGAGCGGCGAAGGCCUUCCCCGCUGGCCGAGCCGCCACCAGCCCCGCCUCCACCCUCCGUCUCCGCGGACUCCCCUGGACCGUCCCUCCCCAGGCCCGUCCUUAUCGAGGACCUACUGUGCCCUCCUGGGCGCACUAGUCGUCCAGCCAACUUUGUGAUCAUCUUGCGCGGCCCUCCGGGUUCAGGCAAGUCCUUCCUCGCCAAGCUCAUCAAGGACAAGGAGGUAGAGCAAGGGGGAGCAACACCGCGAAUGCUAAGUCUGGACGACUACUUCGUGACGGAGGUUGAAAAAGAAGAGCGUGACCCAGAAAGCGGGCGGCGAGUCAAAACGAAGGUAAUGGAGUAUGAGUAUGAAGCUGCCAUGGAGAAGACUUAUCAUGACUCUCUAGUGAAGGCAUUUAAGAAAACUAUUAGUGACGGGUAUUUCAGUUUCCUCAUCGUUGAUGCUAUUAAUGAUAAAGUGUCACACUUUGAAGAAAUGUGGCACUUUGCUAAAACUAAAGGAUUUCAGGUUUACAUUUGUGAACUUGAUCGAGAUCUUCAGACCUGCCUAAAGCAUAAUAUUCAUAAUCGCAGUGAGAAAGAUAUAGAGAGCUCAAUAAAAAAUUGGGAGGAUACUCCUCGUCAGUACUUGCGCACUGAUCCCACAUCAAUGCUUCAGUCAGCUGCUAUUGAAGAUGUAGAAAUGGAAGACGUUUCUGAUGAUGAUUUCAAAGAUGAUUCUGAUCCGAAAGAAGAGGAUAAAAAGGAGGAUGAAGAAGAAAACGAAGAGGAGGCUAAUGUCUUUAUGAGCAAGUGGGAAACAGCGGAUUCUCAAGGAGAUAAGAUGGACCGCUUGGAUGGUUUGGCGAAGAGAAGAAAGGAUGGUGCCCCUCAAACAUUAGAGGAUUGGUUGCAACUGCCAGACAACUACGAGGAGAAAAAAGCUACACCUGGCAAAAAGCAGGUGCGGUGGGCAGAUUUGGAAGAGCGGCGCAAACAAGAGAAAAUGCGAGCCAUUGGUUUUGUUGUGGGACAGACUGAUUGGUCUCGUAUGACAGAUCCAACAUUUGGGGAGGGUGCCCUUACUCACACAAAGUACAUUUAAUGGAGUGUUCUUUCCUGACUUUGUAUUUUAUCCUCUGAAGGUCGCAUCUAUGUUAUUUAUGUUGUUUCACACUUUUACUAUUUGAUGUCACAUUUUGUUCUGAAAUUUAGUGUCAUUUUUUUGUUGUUCUAAAUGUUGAGUUCACAUUUCAAAGAUUUUCUGUUUACUUUUACACUUUCAGUGACGCAUCAGAAAAUGAUUAACUUCUCACCCUGUCUCACUGUGUGAAUUUCUUUUGAAUGACUUACGUCAUGCGACCUGCAGAGGGUCAGUUGUAAUUGCCAAUUAUUUACAGUAUGUAUUUUGUGAUUUCCUUUUUUUUUCCCCCUUCUAUUUUACUUGUUUUGCACAUAAUGUGAUCUCCAUUAAUGUGAGUUAAAUUAUAUUAUAAUUAUCUUAGUUAAGGUAUUUUUGAAGCUUCUGUAUAUUGUGUUAAGUAUAUUUGAAUGGAGCUCAUACACUUAAAUAUUAGUUGUUUGAUGUGAAAGAAUUUGAUAUCAGUACCACAGAAUCAAACUGAAAUAAUGCUCUCAACACUUCUUAGAUGAUCAACCUCUUAAUUAUAAAAACAAUCAUUUCUUCUUUCAUGAAAAUUUGUCCCUUUGAUAUUUCUUUGAAAGUUUUGGUACAACCCUUUGACGUAAUGAAUGAGAGUGUGGUGAUUUUUAAACAUGUUCUUUAAACUUACCUUAGGAAUAAAUGGAGAUUGUAACUGUGA